UAGGUUCCCCUCGCCUCCCCUCGCUCGCCGUCUUCAGUCUCUGCCAAGCGGUCGGGUGAGGAGCAGCUCCCAGUGCCACGAAGGUCUUCGGGUUGUGCUUCCAGGACAUCGCUCUCCCUUCCACAACGCAAGUUCGACAGACCGCCCCCAAGGACAGCCUUCGCACCGCCUCGUCCCUUCCCGGAAGACACCAAGGAUGCGUCUCGCCAACGUGCUGUGCGCGUGCGCCCUCACGCUGACCGCGCUGCUGGCGCUCGCGGAGGGGCUGAAGGACCCCGAGAGGCCCGUGGCGGUGCACAACGAGGUGGCGUCCGUGCCGCCCACGAACGGACGCCACGGCGGGAAGCGCUACGGCAGCUCCAUCCGCAACGACGUGCGGCGCUACGGCGCGGCGCCCUCGCACAACAUGGGCAUCAGCGAAGGGCAUCGCAUCAUCACGCGCGCCCUCUGGAGGAUUUUCGACGCCCUCAUGCAGAAGAAGGACCACUCGCAGCUGUACGGGCGCAUGACCUUCGUGGAGGAGGCGCUCAAGAAGAUGAUCUCCGUGGACACGCAGCUCGAGGACGAGAUCGACAAACUCAAGGUAAGGCUGGCGGUGGGGUCCUCGCCCGCGGGAGAGGGUUGCCUGGCCGUUUGGCUCGUGCUAAUCAUUCCCUUUGGGUUAUCUUCCUCUCCUUCAGACUAG